AUGGCAGCGACAACAACGAAUGCCUUAUUGACGACUACGAUGCCACUGAAAUUGGCACCAGAGGUAUUGGACCGUUUACGACAGCUACAAGAUGCCGAUCGUCCAGUGUCAGUGGAUGAGAUUCUGAUGGCCGCGAAUCUCGAUCAUCUUGCGCAACCUACGGCUUCCAAAUCCGCGGACAUGCGACAACAUAUUCCUCCUCCACCACAACAACAACCACGCAUGGAAAAGUCAUAUUCUACUACCAUGAGUUUGGCCGAACGACGACGUGUGCCUGUCUCGCCUGAGAAACUUCAAUUGUUCUCAGCCUUGCAACACCCCAAGCACAAUCGCAAAGAUUCCAUGGAUAGUACUCAAAGUUUCCAGGAUAGGGUUAAACGGUUGGAAGAAGAGAAUGCUAAAUUACCACCUCAGGACUCCGAAGCAUAUCUUGUUGCUCGUUUGGAACGGCAAAACGCGCUUUUGAACGCCGAUCCUAAAUCGGUGUGCAUAGAAUCGAACCGGUUGAAGGCGGAGUUUACGACGAUCCGUAACCUGGUGACCGACAACACGUUUUCGCCUAACAUUGAUCACGAGCAAUCCAUUCACGCCCUGAUUGCCAAAAGUCCUCUUUUGGAAGAAAUGCAGCCAGAUGAGACCGAUGUCGAUUGGGAAUUCUGGCAAUAUCUCGUGGAGGACUUUCCUACCGCGGCCGCCAAAUUGCCUCACCUUGUCUCGGCCAAGUUGCGACAUGGCGGUAUCCCUCAUCGAUUGCGAAGUGUUAUCUGGCAAUCCAUGUCCCAAUCCGCUUCCAUGAACUUGGAAGCCAUUUACAAUAACUUGAAAAACGAAAAAUCGCCCUACGAUCGUGUUAUCAAACGUGAUCUCUCUCGCACCUUCCCCAAUGUCGAUAUGUUCAAAGCCGACGGCGGUGAAGGACAGCAAGCCAUGGGACGACUCCUGAAAGCUUACAGUGUCUACGAUUCUCAGGUCGGAUACUGUCAAGGUCUUGCCUUUCUUGUUGGUCCUCUUUUAAUGACUAUGCCUGAGAAACAAGCUUUUUGCGUCUUUGUCAGAUUGAUGGAGACAUACGACAUGCGCACCAUGUUUACGCUCAAUAUGGAAGGGUUACAUCUUCGGUUGCAUCAAUUCCAGUCAUUAUUGGCUCAAUUCUGUCCGCGAUUGGAUGCCCAUUUGAAGAACUACAACAUCCAUCCUGCCAUGUACGCUUCUCAAUGGUACCUGACGCUCUUUGCUUACACCUUUCCCAUCUCACUGGUGCUGAGAAUUUACGAUCUUGUUUUCGCUGAAGGCGCAGUGGAAACCAUUACCCGUGUCGCCAUUGCCGUUAUGCGGAAGAAUGAAGAAAAACUUUUGAUAAUCCAAGAUUUUGAGCAGCUCAUGAUGUACCUCAGCUCACGUAAACUAUACGAUGUCUACAAUGCGAAUCCCGAAGCCGUUAUCAGUGAUACCAUGAGUUUGAGCGCGACCAUCACCAAAGAAAAGAUGGACAGUAUUGCUACUACUCAUCAGAAAGAAUUGGAAGAGGAAAAAUCGACCACGCAUCAAGUCAUUGCUGUACGUUUGGGCCUGAAGAAGCGCGAUUCUUGGUUCCCAUCGUGGAACAGCCAAGGCACCGCAGCUACGAAAUCCCCCUCGGUUGAAAAGUCAUGCGUCUCUUCAUCCGUUCCUACUACACCUACAUCACCGACUCCUUCUAUGGCGACCCAUCCUCAGAUUAACACCGUGCCGAUGCUGCAUCAACAAAUUGAAGAUCUUGUUACUGCUCUUUCCCAGCUACAGAAGGAUCAUUCGCAACUGAACGAGGACUUGAUGAGCAUGAAAAUGCGAGAGAUGGAUCAUGAAACGGAGUACGCCAAAUUGAUCAAGAAGAACUCCCAAUUGGAAAGGCGACUGAAGAAGUACAAGAUCAAGUUGGCAUCUUCCCAAGUGUCUUCUCCCACUUUGGCAUCGCCAUUAAGCGGAUCAUCGACGAACCGUUCCGACGAAUCGGAGGAUUCCACGCGAUUAGCCGCUUUGGAGCAAGAAGAUGAAUUCCGAGCUUUUGUUGAAUCACUUUCCAUGACUGGUGAUUUUGGACAACUAAUUGCUGGAGCACUCACUAGCCAACGAAACUCGCUUCAAGGCACGCCUCAGUCUCAGUCUCAGCCUGAACCAAUACCAGUACAGCAUUUGUUUUGGCCCGAAAGUGAAGGUGAAGAAGAAUUUGGCGCUGUAGCCGAAGGAGAGGACAAGGAGGUAACUGCCAAUGCUGCAACCCAAACUUCCGAAACCUCCAUCACCAUGAAAAAUGCACCUAUCAGCGGCCAGGCUCAGGAAGAGUUACCCAAUGGCACAUCCAUGCAUGACGUGACCUCGGAGCUCGUAUCGUACAAAUUGGCCAACUUUGAAAUGGGACAAAAAUACGAGCAGUUAUGCCACACUUACGAAGCGACAUUGCAGCAAUUGAAGCAAGCACAGGAAGGACAGAACGACCUGGUAUCAAAGAUUAUGGAUUUGCAACAUGAAAUUGAAAUGCAUCAAGCUGAGAAGGAGGGUAUUCUCGAUGAACGCGAAAAAGUGCAACAAGAAAACGACGAUCUCAACGAGAAAAUCAUGGCCAGCAAGAAAACGUGUGCCGAUUUGCAGAUGGAGAAGCUGGCUUUGAUCAGUGAAGUGGAAGGAUUGGAGAAGCGAGUGCGAGAAUUAGAGACGGAAAAGCAAGAAUAUCUCAUGCCUCGUGGUUCGUUUACCGAGGAAGUGUUUGCCGCACAUCGUACGUUAUUCGGCCCCAAACCAGAAAUGAACCGUCGCCACACAUUGCAACUAGGCACCACCACCCGUUCUGAAUAUGAAAACAAGUAUAUUGAGAGCGAUUUACGAUGCCGUGAAUUGGAGAAAUUACUGGCGGAAGCCAAAGUGAAACUGGUGGAAUACGAAGCCAGUAGUAUGACGACAAGUCCACGAAGCUCUUUGCAACAACAACGACGUGCUUCCUCUUAUCAACACAAGCGAGCUUCCUCUAUCCUUGCUGUGACCAAUGAACAGCGACGAUCGACGGAUAGUAUGAUGUCGACCAACAGCAGCAGCUUCGGUACCGUCUCGAAACGCUCAAGUAUGUAUUCUCGUGUUUGGACCGCAUUUAGCACUCCUGCUUCCAGUGUAGCCAUGAAAAGUCCUACGCGCGAACUCUACGACGAACCCCAUCAAGCCGCCGCCAUCUAG